AUGCCACCUCGACGAGCCCAUAAGAAAUCCCGGUAUGGUUGCGAUCAGUGCAAGAGGAGACGAGUCAAGUGCGAUGAGCAAUCUCCAUGUGCAAACUGUAUCUCACGCGAGUUGAAAUGCACAUUCUUCAAUGCGCCUAAACCGAAGGCCAUCCCCGAUGAUUCCAGGCCGGCGGCCGGUCCAGAGCGUCCUGCUCAGGUGCAGCAUCUGUCGUCUCCGGGAACUGCCAGCAGUACUCCUCUGAGCCGGUCUACUGUCCUGCGAGAUCUGGAACUGAUGCACAAGUUCUCCACAGAGACAUGGAAGAGUAUGUGUAUCAACGAGGCAGACAAGCAUAUAUGGCAGAUAGUCCUUCCACGAGAGGCCUUAAACCACGAUUUCUUACUCGGGGGUCUUCUUGCUCUCGCGUCUUUACACACCGCCACCACCCUGGAGCCGUCGGCGGCGUUGUCGUAUGUGGACACGGCGCUACAGUAUCACAACCGAACGUUCGCUCCGUUCCGACAGGCGCUGGACAGCCUGACCCCGGAAAAUUGCGACGCGGUGUUUGCCCAUUCGGUGGUGACGAGUAUCGUGGGCAUCACGUUGCCCCGGUUGAUGCCUCACCACGACGGCACGCCAAGCAUGACGGAGAACGUGACGGUGAUCUUCGAGCUUCUGCGCGGCGUCAGCAAGAUCCGCCGGCUGAGCGGGCCCUGGCUGAAAUAUAAUCUUUUCUCGUACAAAUACGGAUUCUGGGGCCCCGAGACCGAGGCCUUGGACACAGACACCGACGAAGCCCUGACCCGACUCGAGACCCUCAACGAUACGGCAAUCGCCCCCUCGGACAUGGAGCAACACCGCAUCAACAAGGACGCCAUGUACUAUCUUCGGCGCUGCUUCAUCCGCUUCGCCAACUGCACGGAUGUGGCCUCUGCUCUUGCCUGGCUGGCGGCCGUCCACCGGGAUUUCGUCCAGUCCGUCCGGCGGCGACUCCCCUUCGCCCUGCUGAUUGUCAUGCACUGGGGCGUUCUGAUCGGUCAAUUCGACGGCCGCAUCUGGUGGGCAAACGGGCUAGGCAAGGCGUUGGUGUCUGAGUUGCUGCCCUGCUUAAAAUCGGGCGACCGGCAAUGGGAGAAUGCCAGAUUAUGGCCCCCGAAAAAGAUGGGCUUGACUACAUGA